AUGGGGGCUGCCGAGAAGAAGGCGCAGAGGGUCUUGAGGGAAGCUCUGGCUGGUAAUGAUGCCCAAGGCGAGCCCCCGUCAUCGGCCAUGAGCUGUGCUUCCGCUUGCACGGCAUUCACGGCAGCACCAAGCACGGCGCCCAGCAUUGGAGGAGGGCGCGGGGGCAAGCGCGGCAUCAACACCCUGAAAGAUGUCACGGGGCGGCAGCAGAAAGCAGCCCGCCUGGCGCGCACAGUCUGCAUCGUCUUUGGUUGCCAGAAGAAGUUGAUCACAUGCGACAAGCGGGCUGGGCGCGUCAUGUGCGAGCCGCGCUGGCAGACGUACACCAUCGGCUACAACUACAUGGCGGGCGAGGAGAUAGGCGAGAAGACGGAGACAGAUGAGACGUUUCGGAAGCCCUUCGAUUGUGCGCACUCCCAUCGCGUGACCAUGGAUGCUACUGCCGCGGGGUUCGGCAACACUGACAUCGAGACGCACAUCCGCAACGAGGCCAGCUGCGAGCGGUGCGUUGGGUUCUGGUCGAGGAGUGACUUGCACGGGCUGAUCGGCUUCAUGCCCGAGCAGCUGAGCGCGAAGUGCCAGAAGCUGUGGGGCGAGCAGGGUCUCGUCCACGUCGAAGAGGGCGCCGAUGUCGCGGAGUCGGCCAUGGGCAACAUGGCUGCUCCCAGCGACGCCGCGCCACAGCAGGCGCUGCAGAGCGUGGUGUCGAACGGAUCCCAGCUUUCUCUCAGCAGCCCAAUCAGCCCGAAGGGCGGUGCUGGCGGCCGCUUGGCCAGCCCUGGAUGCGUGCCUGGUGGCGAGGGCAUCGCCGACGUCAGCGAGCUCAUGCAGUCGGACCCCGCCCAGGCCAAAUGGGCGCUCCAGCUCCACACGGCGAGCCACUCGCUCGCCUGGACUGGCAAGAAUAGCCUCGGGAGGCAGAGGAACACGCUGAGGACGUACGCUCAGGAGGCGGAUACCCUGGGGAGGAGCGAGGGCGACGGCAUGCGGGAGCACGCCCCACUCAAUGAGGCCGCCGAGCAGAUCGCCACCGAGAAUGGCUGGCGCAGCAUGGCCAGGACCGAUCUCGGCGCCCUGCUGCAAAAGCCCGUGGAUGCUGGCGUCGACUUCCCCACCAAGUCCAAGAAUGAUUGCAUCGCGCGUGCGUUCCAGGAUUGGUCGCAGAGCACUGCCAGCCUCGAGGAGAGGGUUACCAGCCUCCUCGACACGGUCCAGGCGUGGCCAAGUACCGCCGACGACGGUGCGUUCGAGCCCCUGCAGCCUCGACUUCGCCACAUCGAGGGUUCGCCGAGGGACCGCGUGGCUACGAUGACGGAUAUCGCACUCAAGAAAGCGAUCUGCCCCCUCAUCAAGGACGGCGUCCGCAACGCCAGUGUCACGAUGCGCGUGAUGACCACCAUCAUCACGGCCAUAUGCGCCGCGUCCGACGACGACCGGCUGGACUUCGAGCCGUGCGAGGAUGGCGCGGACGAGCUGUGCCCCCUGCUUCGUGGCAUCGUCAUGGUCAUUGAGCCCGACCUCCAGGAGCAGCAGAAGGUUGGCGCCACAAACAUUGAUUUCGACAAGCUUCAGGACGUGUCCGCCAGCGCGCCGCCAGGCGAGACCAAUGUACUCUCUUCCAUCAAGGCUGGCACCUUCCCCGACGAAUCCUGCGGCCAUCUCAAGGACAUCGCGGCGACGCGUGAGGAGAAGCUGGCGAUGCCAGGGGCCGACGCCAUGCAGGUCCACUUGCUCAAAGUCGCCCAGAAGCAGACAGUGGUUGGUCACUUGCGCAUCUUCUGCAAUGCCCUUGACUCAGUCCGUCACGACGCCCCUCGCGAAGCUCGCAAGGCUGCAGCCGUCACCCUCGUCAGCCAUGCGAGGACCUACGCCGACUUCGGCAUCGCCGAGAAGAACGAGAACUUGGAGCUCAAGAUUGCUUCGUACGUGACCAUGGUCAUGGACCGCAUGGGCGCUGGCGAGGACGUUCACAAGAUAGAGGACGCUUGCAGCUACAUGAUGAUCCAAUGCCAGCUGUGCGCCCAGUUGUUCGAGUUCGUCAAGGAACCGGCCACCGACCUUGCGAAGGCGAAGGCGUGCCUGGAGGCGCUGAGCGGCCUGCAGUGGGACUUCGCCACCAUCUACACCUGCGCGGGCCUGGGCGCUGACUUCGACGAGCGCAUGGCCGCCGACGCGCGUGGAGUUGUCAUGGGCCGCUUCGUGGCGGGGAAGCUGGCGCCGGCGGGGGCGCCGGGGCUUCCUGGGUGGACUCGCCCAGCGCCCAACUGCGCAACGCUGCGCUUUGCGGGCCUGAGCGGGGGCGAUGGGGAGGGCGAGGGGUGA